AUGGCCCCUCAUUCCUCCCGCCAGGACCAGACACCCCGAUGGCAAGGUGACUUGCCAGGGGAAGCCCAACUGAGGACUUCCCCGGCGGCCGCCUCGCGUUAUGGUCCGCCUUACGACUCUAGAAACAUUCUAACGCGGACACCAACAGGAGGCGGCGCUGACGUCUUGAGUCCUGGUUCCUCGACUUCUGGAGCAAACAGCGGCAGUUCUCAGCACAGCGCCCUCAGCGGGCUGUCCAGUCACUAUUCUGCCCAUGGAUCGUGGCCGACGCCCAGCGCCCCAGCUUACACCCUCAGCUCCGUCUCCCCAACCCCAAAUACCCUCACACAUGCGCAUACGCAUCCAUAUGACCAUAAGGCGAGCUCAUAUGAUCCCGGGUCGUCCAUGUACAACACCACCGCUCGCGCCCCCCAUGACCCCUCCCCCACCUAUGGCCACGCCCACAGCAGCCACGCCAACGGCCACAGCCAGCACCAGUUUCCUGGCAGCCUCUUCGGCCACGGAGGCGCCGCGUCAGGCAGUCUGCCAUCCCACGGCCACGCUCACGGCCACACGGCGCCGGGAGGCGGCAUCCUGAAUCCCCAGUCGACGGCCUCGACGCAACCUCCAACGCCCUUGAGCGCCGUGUCUCACGUUGAUCCAUAUACACGGCCCCCUUCGACUCCAAGCUACUUCUCGUCGGCAUCCACGCCGGCAUCAGCCAUCCUUCGGCUCGGCGCCUCAUCAACCCUCCUAUUAUCCCUCUUCGUCCAGUGCGCCCUCGCCCAACCACGUCCACGGCUGCCUCCAGGGGCCUCCACGCCCUCGCCGGACAUCACUCUGGCAUGGCGCCCGCCUCAACCAUAUCGUCCGUUUCAGUAUAGUAUGCAGGUUCCAUCCAUGGGCGGUCCCAUCAUGUCCAACCUCAGCAAUCCCAGUGGACCGCUCUCCAGGCACCGCCUGGUCAAGGGAUGUGGCGGGGAGAAGACGAACGGUACAGAAACAACACGCUCUCCGGGCGGGGGCUCUGAUGGCAGCGAAAGCCCACUGGCGCCAUCUAUCAAGAAGGAUGACGAGUAG